AUGGUAACUAACAUAUCUAAACACUCAAUCGGCUCUUUUAACAAUUCUGGAUGUUUGGCUAAAUCGGUUUUCUCUUAUGGUUUCUUGACAAUUAGAUAUUCUGGCUCUGGUUUAUUUGUAAAUACAUUCAAUGAUGGAAAUGGUUAUGCUGCUACUGAAUCGUCACCGAUAUAUAAGUCAGAUAUUAGUGAACAAUUCUAA